AUGGCUUCCCUAGGGACUUCGGCGUCAUUAUGGCGAAGCCUCGUGCCUCGACUAUCGUCCAAAGAACUUUUCACCUGCCGCCAAUGCCUGCGCAACCAGGGUUAUGCUGCCAAAUCCAUCCGUCGCUUCGGCGCAGUGCCAUCCCUCCAACCCAACAAGAUCCGUUCGCCCCUGUUCUCCGACAAGAACCGCCAAUUCUUUACCUCAAGUCUGAGAAGGUCAACCGCUGCGCCUGCUGUGGCUGGUGUCGUCGAGGAAUCCGCUGUCAAGGCGAAGUCGAGCUAUCCCAAGAUCAGCGACAAGUCGGUUGCCUACUUCCUCCUUGCUAGUGCGGCGAGUGUUUUUGGAAUUGUCGUUUUUGGUGGAUUGACACGUUUGACGGAAUCAGGAUUGAGUAUCACGGAAUGGCGACCUGUCACCGGCUCCAUGCCACCCAUGAACACCGAAGACUGGGAAGCGGAGUUCGCCAAGUACCGAGCAUCUCCUGAAUUUAAGCAAUUGAACUCGCACAUGAACCUGGACGACUUCAAGUCGAUUUACUACAUGGAAUGGAUCCACCGUCUCUGGGGUAGGUUCGUCGGCAUGUCCUUCGUUAUCCCCGCGGUCUACUUUGUUGCUCGGAAAAAGGUCUCGACCCCCAUGGCCUGGCGUCUGGUUGGAAUUGCCGGUCUCAUUGGCUUCCAAGGAUUCCUCGGCUGGUGGAUGGUCAAGUCUGGUCUCAAGGAUGAUCUGUUUGCGCCGGGUAGCCACCCGCGUGUCAGCCAGUACCGCCUGACGGCUCACCUGGGUGCUGCUUUUGUCUGCUAUGUUGCUAUGCUAUGGAAUGGACUGGCUAUUCUUCGCUCCAACCGUCUGAUGGCCGAUGCUGCUUCGGGUUUGAAGCAGCUUGAGGCCCUUCGGGACCCACGAUUGGCGAUCUUCCGCCGCUCGGUUGCGGGUCUUGCCCUACUGGUUUUCACUACUGUCAUGUCUGGGGGUCUCGUUGCAGGCCUAGAUGCCGGUCUCAUCUACAACGAGUUCCCAUACAUGGGCAACGGGCUCGCACCGCCUAGCUCUGAGCUAUGGGACGCUCACUACUCUCGCCAUGAAGAUCGCUCUGACCUCUGGUGGCGCAAUAUGCUUGAGAACCCUUCCCUGGUCCAGCUUGACCACCGUAUUCUCGCCAUGACAACAUUCUCUACCAUCAUGGCUUUGUGGGCCUACAGUCGUCGCUCACCCACCAUGAAACGCAUCCUGCCCCCCGCCGCCCGUAAGGGUGUUCACGGUGUCGUCGGCUUCGCUUUCAUGCAGGUCGGCCUGGGUAUCUCUACUUUGCUCUACCUUGUGCCAACCCCACUCGCCUCUGCUCAUCAGGCUGGUAGCUUGUUCCUUCUCACUUGGGUUAUUAUCCUGGGUAGCCGUGUCUGGCACCCGUCUCGCACUGCCAAACUGCUGCAAAUGGCUUCUAAGGCUCGCAGCCAACAGCUUUCCUCUACAACCGCAUCUGCUGUUAAGAGACUGUAA